AUGAAACUCCUCCUCUUACACCCAAUAAUCCUCCUCCUCCUCGCCGCCCUGACACCCCUCACCACCGCCUCCUCCGCCAAAUGCUCCCGCUGGAAAGACGGCAUCCCCAUCACCAAAAACUUUGUCAUCCCGAUGUACCGCCGCUACUCCAUCGAGGUCAGCGGCAUGGAUGAGGGCGAAGACGUGCCCGCGUUGUGCGGCACGCUCUGGAAGGAGCUGAAGCAGUUCAAGGGCAGCUGCGUCGUCUCCGUCGACAAGCCGACGUGCGAGGCCAACGGCCCCACGGCGCUCCAGUGGUCCUUCAGCGUGGGGCUGGGGUGUAAUAAGGGGAUGGUGCAUGCGGCGUGGUGGGAUUCCACGAAGAAUCGGCUGGGGAAGAUUGAGUGCUAG